CGAUAGACGCCGCCACAAUGACAAGCGCUCAGCAUUACCAGUCAGAUUCAGAAAGAACUAGGAGGUAACAGGGGCCGCACAGGCCGCACAGUUAUCAACAGUAGAAACAAGAGGAGGCGACGAGCAAGCAAAACAAAGCAGUUUUUGUUCCAAGGAGCACCUAAGUCGCUGAUUGCUGUCUUUACAAUUCCGGGGGAACUAGUGAAAACACCAUUUGCAAGGUGGACAGUCCGCUGCCUGGCUGCUCGUGGUAACUCUCCGCCAUGCCUUUCCCUUUUGGCAAGUCUCACAAGUCACCGGCGGACAUCGUCAAGAACCUAAAGGACAGCAUGACGGUCCUUGAGAAGCAUGACAUCUCAGAUAAGAAGGCAGAGAAGGCUGCAGAGGAGGUGUCAAAGAGCCUGGUUGCUAUGAAGGAGAUCCUCUAUGGGACUAAUGAAAAAGAGCCCCAGACCGAGGCAGUGGCCCAACUCGCCCAGGAGCUCUACAACAGUGGCUUACUAAGCACUCUGAUAGCAGACCUGCAGCUCAUUGAUUUUGAGGGUAAAAAAGAUGUAGCACAGAUCUUCAACAACAUUCUGAGGCGGCAAAUUGGCACCCGGACACCCACUGUAGAGUACCUUUGUACUCAGCAGAAUAUCCUCUUCAUGUUGCUUAAAGGGUAUGAAUCACCAGACAUUGCCCUAAACUGUGGUAUCAUGCUGAGGGAAUGCAUCAGGCAUGAGCCGUUGGCCAAAAUCACACUAUGGUCAGAGCAGUUUUAUGAUUUCUUCAGAUAUGUGGAGAUGUCUACGUUUGAUAUCGCCUCAGAUGCGUUCGCCACAUUCAAAGACCUCCUCACAAGACACAAGUUACUGAGUGCAGAGUUUCUGGAGCAGCAUUAUGACAAAUUCUUUAGUGAAUAUGAGAAGUUGCUUCACUCAGAAAACUACGUGACUAAACGGCAGUCCCUGAAGUUACUGGGAGAGUUGCUUCUUGACCGGCACAAUUUCACCAUAAUGACGAAAUACAUCAGCAAGCCAGAGAAUCUCAAACUAAUGAUGAAUCUGCUACGGGACAAAAGCCGCAACAUCCAGUUUGAGGCUUUCCAUGUUUUCAAGGUGUUUGUGGCCAACCCCAACAAGACUCAGCCCAUCCUGGACAUCCUGCUGAAGAACCAGACCAAACUCAUUGAGUUUCUCAGCAAGUUCCAGAACGACAGAACAGAGGACGAACAGUUCAACGAUGAAAAGACUUACCUGGUCAAACAGAUCAGGGACCUUAAGAGGCCUGCACCCCAGGAGGCCUGAAAGAGUGCAGAUGUGCAGGAAGGAGCCACCAGGACCAGGUCUGGAUAACAUCCAGACAAUGUCUGCUUAAUGGACCCAUCAGCAGCUGCUGUUCUGGUUUAUGAACAAAAACUGAGGAACAAAUAAAAACAAACAUACCCACAUAAACUCAUCUGGAAGUUGCGAGCUCCUCUGCCCCUCAAAAAUUUUUUCCUUCAAAAGAAAUGAGAAAAUAGUAGUUGCUGCUGCUUUCUUGCACAUUAAAAAAAUUAAGGUAUAUUGAAAUAAGUCUAUCAACCACAGCGACAAAAAAUGUUGAGCAUUUGAAGUAUGGCAGACUUCCUGAUAGAAGCCCAGGCACAAGCAUCAAAACAUGUUCACACACACGCAUCUCACAUAAAAAAAAAUACUAACACACAUGCUGCAAGAAUGUCAACAAAAUGUGAUGAAAAUGGUACGAGCAAGUUGAACAUUGGUGUGGUUGGUGCAUGCCUUGAAAUGUGACAGAUCCAUGGCUGUACCUGGCAUCGGCUCUCAGAUGGCCCGCUCAGUCUGGCACCCAUGUUCAGUGCGGCAGAAAAUCCAUGCGCCACACAGCAACUGCUAUAGUUUGCAUCUAUGCCUUCAUCUGAUCAAGCAGAAGUGGUUCAUUUUACAGAGGAGACACUCUCAGAUGCCACCACACUGAACCAUUUAGCCUCCUAUGUGCUUCGUUAUGACACACCACUUGAAGCACAUUAAUAAAGGAGGGAGGGAUGUAAGGUAUGGAUUUGUUAAAGCCCAAGAAUUGGGUCUUUUUUUUUUUAACUGUGUUCUCAAAGGGUGAACGUGUACAUAUGCCUUUUUUCCUUUUUUUUUGAUUGGGUAGAUUUUUGUUUAACCUUGACAUCUGAAUAUAUUAUAUAUAUUACCUUAAGCCACGUGUUUUUGGUUAUUUGUAAUCAAAUUACUUUCUAAACCACAAGAAAACAGGUUUUUGCAUUUCAUUUACUGCUGAAAUGGUUGCUGGUGGGUUUGUUUGUAUAUAACUUAAAGGGCCAGCUCACAUUUAGCUAGCCUGUAGAAUAUUAACAAUGUGUACAGCAGAGGAAUGUCACUGUAAUAGCUAUGGAUCUGUCAAUCCUCUUUUUACUCUGCAACCAGGUGGCAUUUCUCUGUCGGCCAAAAAUGUGCAGAAAGAGAGGAAGGUCAAUGGCAGAGCAUUAACUGAAACAUUAAAGCCUGUGUGUUUGUGCACUUUGAGAGGUACUGGGUGACUGAGAUCACCUAAUUGGAGCACUCUCACCACUAUGGUUUUUGUGCUUGGUGUGCCAUGUGAGCCCAUGGUUAUUCUGCUUCAGGUUGAUACUCAUUCUGACUUUAAAAGGUUUGGCACAUCAGUCUUUUUACUGCCCUCACCUUCCCUUCCACCCUUGUGUUUGAGACUUCCUCUACAGAGGGUUUAUAAUUCCAGUACAAUGGUGAGUGAAAAGCAUUGUGGGUGGCAGAGUGCUUUUGGUGUGUUUGAUUUCUUCGGGGGGCAAAACUGAUGAAACCACAGGUUUUCUACAUUUGCAGUGAACAGCAUUCUUGAAGUAGAGUGACAGUUUAAAAAUACACAAAUUAAACAUCACAUCAGUGCUAAUAACUACUGUAAGAGCCCACUGUCUCUCCAUGCACCUUGAACAAGCAUGUUGCUUCACUGGCUGUGCAUGAUGCUCUACUGAAGAUGUUGUACUGGAAUUGUUUCCACCCCCAUCCCUCCCCAAGUAUUCAGCAACAUUGAAAUGGCAAAUUGAACUCUUGGCUUUGUGGCUGCUUGCUGACUUUAACUCCAGUUUCAGAGUAGAGUGUGUGGGAGCUUUCAGAUGUGUCAAAAACCUGGGCCCAACAAUCGAAAUAAAGAACAAAAAAAAAAACUUUGGAAUAAACUAACGCUGUUGUCGUUUUCUUCCUGUGAAUGAACAUUCUGCAACUGUGUCAGUGCUGCGAUAGCUCCUUUUUUCUAACUAAAGAUUUUCAGGAACAGUAGAUUAGUCAUGUGUUUUCUGGUGGACAUAACUUGUAAUUUAGCAUACCUUUUUCCUUCUAGCUUCUCAACCAUUCUUUUUUUGUAUGCUUAGUCCAAUUAAGGGCUGCGUGGAAGCUGGAGUCUUUCUUAACAACUGCAGGCAAGAGGACCGGUACACCAUGGAGCGGUCACCAGUCCAUUGCGGGGC